GGUCCCUGGUCGGAACCCCUGUGACAGCGACCUGUGACCGGCUGCGAUGGACGCUCUGCGGGUCUCCCCUGCGCUCCUGAUGAUGAUGAUGUUGAUGGUGAUGAUGGCUGCGAGGUGCGUUCACGCAUACAAACCUGUCGUCAUCGUGCACGGGAUUUUCGAUGGACCUAAAGAAUUAGAUAACCUCUCCGGGUUCAUUGAAACGAUGCAUCCUGGUACCAAGGUGAUGGUGUUAAGUGUGGACAACUACCUGGAAAGCGUGAGGCCGCUGUGGCAACAGGUUAAAGACUUCAGGGAAGCCCUCCUGGCCAUCAUGACCCAAAACCCUGAUGGAAUCCAUCUGCUCUGCUUCUCACAAGGUGGUCUGAUUUGUCGAGCGCUUCUCUCCACAACUCCUUUUCACAACGUGGAGAUGUUCAUUGCCCUGUCGUCGCCGCUGGCGGGCCAGUUUGGAGACACGGACUAUAUGAAACAGGUUUUUCCUGACAGCUUCAAGGAAAUCCUUUACCUGAUUUGCUACAGCAAAUUUGGACAGAAAGUCUCUGUCUGUGACUACUGGAAAGACCCUCACCAUAUGUCCAGGUACCUGAAAUCCAACAGUUUCCUGCCUUUGAUUAAUGGUGAAAAACCUCACAGGCUCAUGGAAGCAUGGAGAGACAGCUUCCUGCGUAUCAAGAAGAUGGUGCUGAUUGGAGGACCAGAUGAUGGCGUCAUCACGCCGUGGCAGUCCAGCCAUUUUGGAUUCUACGACCAAAACGAAGAUGUUGUAGAAAUGAGGAACCAGGAGUUUUACCAACGCGACACAUUUGGGCUGAAGAUGCUGGAUGAGCGUGGCGAUGUGGUGGAGUGUGUCAUAUCUGGAGUGAAACACACCGAGUGGCACUCAAACCUGAUGGUGUUUCAGACCUGCAUAGAGAAGUGGCUAACCUGAACUCCUCCCAGAACCGUUCCAUCCAACACAAAUGUUUAGACAAACCAGAAUCUGUCCAUACAACUAGAGCUGAUCAAUAAUAGAUAGAAAACAUGAUUUUAUGGAUUAUCAUGACACCAGCUUGAAUAAUCUGUUCUGUGGGUUUUUAGGAAGGGAGGGGGGAUGUAAAUUUACUUGAUGGAACUGCUGCUAAACUCACGUGAUGAAGUUGGUUUUAGUUUUUAUUGUAAAUGUUGGCAGUGUUUAGCUGGCAUAAUAAAUUACUGUUUGAAAACAAAGUUUUAUUGAACUAAAAAUAGAUCCAGAAUCCUUGAAAUUUCUGCAUAAAAUUCUAAAUCAGACUCAAAAAUAAAAGUCACGUGUAUUUAAAAAAUAAAAGUGAAAAUAUUAACAGAUAUCUUGAAAUAAUACUUCUGCAAAUGUAUAAUUUUAGUGAUUCUAUAGGCCUUAGGGAGACAUUCCUUUGUUUUUAAUUUUUACUAAAUUUUUAAAAAGAAGAUGGCAAAAGAAAAAUAUUGUGGAAUAAACCAUUAAAAAUAUAAUGAAUAGAUGGAAUAAAACAGAAAAGAAACUUAAAAGAAAAAA